AUGCUGCUCCCCUUGGUUGUCCUCGCUCUCAAAUUCAACACUUCAGUCCAUGCCUAUUCCCUUCCCGCUCUCGCUGCUGAGGCUGUCCAAUGGUCAUCGGAAAUCUCCCCGUCCAAAUGCCCGCAACCUCCUUACUUCCCUCCCUCCCCGUCCUCUAGCUAUUUUGACACCCCUCAAUUUGCCAACAUUAGCUUAAGAAGAUUGCAAGGUGCCAUCCGUCAUCCUACUCAAUCCUUCGAUGACCUCAGAGACCCCGAAACGGACUCUGACCCAAGAUGGGCAACAUUCCCACCUUUCCAUACUUUUCUAAGAGAAACGUAUCCUUUAGUACACGAACGACUCCAGCUUGAGAUCGUGGGAGGAUAUACAUUACUUUACACUUGGAAAGGGUUCACGAACGCUUCUCCAUUCAUGUUCGCAGCUCAUCAAGAUGUCGUUCCUGCUACAUCUGGCGACCAAUGGAGAUAUCCCCCCUUUGAGGGUCAUUUUGAUGGUGAAUGGAUAUGGGGAAGAGGAUCAUCAGAUUGUAAAUCCAACCUAAUCGGAUUACUCUCAGUUGCGGAAUAUCUAUUGUCCAUAGGUUAUAAACCUCAUCGUACUAUUUUAUUCGCUUUUGGUCAAGAUGAAGAAGUUGGAGGAAGAUAUGGAGCAUCUCGAUUAGGACCUUUCUUAAUGAAAAGAUAUGGGAAACAUGGUAUAAGAAUGAUUUUAGAUGAAGGAGGGAAUGGAUUGUCUGAUGAAUUUGGACCACUCAUUGCCAUGCCUGCUUUAGCUGAGAAAGGUUAUGUCGACGUUUAUAUUCACGUACAAUCCCCAGGUGGACAUUCUUCCGUUCCUGGCAAACAUUCUUCUAUCGGUUUCCUCUCUCAUAUCAUUUCUGAACUAGAAGAUGCAGAAAUUUAUCAUCCAAUACUUGAGGAAACAAACCCUUAUUACGGUUAUGUAGAAUGUUUAGUUCAACAUGUCGAUCGAGCGAAAUUACCUGAAUGGUUACCGAAACUCGCAGAAGAUCAUCAACUGGGACAAUUGGCCGAACAUCUUGCGGAGCAAAGUUUAACACAACGAUAUCUACUUCAAACUAGUAAAGCUGUUACUAUUUUUCAUGGAGGAGAGAAGAAUAACGCUUUGCCUGAAGAUGCCAGGGCUGUGAUAAAUUCUCGUAUUGAGAUCACUUCCUCUGUCAAAGAACACAUUGCCAAAAUCACCGAAUUCGUGACUCCUGUAGUUGCGAAAUACAACUUAUCUCUAGUGGCGUUUGGUAAACAAAUUUCAAACGAUUCAGAAGGUACAGUAAAUCUGAUUCUUGGUGGUCAUAACGAACCCAGUCCAAUAACUAAAAGAGAUACACCUGAAUGGACUAUUUUCUCUUCCGCUAUUCGAUCAGCUUUCGGUCAACAUACUAUCGCUGCUAGUGCUUUAAUGACGGGUAAUACGGAUACGAAACAUUAUUGGGAUGUAUCGGAGAAUAUAUAUCGUUGGACACCUGCUAGAUUAGGAACUCGAUUGAACGCCCAUACGAUCAAUGAGAGGAUCAUGUUAAAGACUCAUGUGGAGGCUGCAAAGUUUUAUCAUGGUGAGUUAUGCCUUUUCAUUGAUGUAAUGGAUCAUAAAAGUGUUGAACUGAUCAGAAUAGAACUCAUACUGCAAGCUGAUGCCGAGUGA